AUGGUCUCUCAAACUAUUUGCAAUGUCCUCAAAUGCCUUCUGGUUGUUGUCGUUGUUGCCUCAUUGAUAGGUAACUGUGUCCUGAUAUGGCUCAACACCCAACGCACUCAAAAGUGCCCUGCUCAACAGGUGAACCCAGCCCAACCUGCAAUUCACGAUGAGCGCAGCAACGUCUUUGCUGACCUCUCAGUGGAAGAGUAUCUACAGGUGCGCGACUACAUGUCCAAGAUCCCAGGAAUGAACAUCUCAAUUGAACCAGCUUUACCUCCUUCAGUUGACUAUCUGUAUAUGAUUGAUCUCUCCCUGCCAAAAAAGCAGGAUGUUUUGCAUUAUCUGGAUGCCAAUGGGCCGAAACCAGCAAGAGAGGCAACAGCAGUGGUUUUUCAUGGCACUAUGAACAACGUCAAGGAAUAUGUGGUGGGCCCUCUUCCCAACCCAUCCUACCACCAUGAUGUCACCUUUGAGAGAUAUAAAAAAGAGAUCCCUUUGACUGCACGUCCGCUACAUUUUGGCGAACACAUUGGUAUAACAAUGUUUCUGCGAAUUGUACUUAAACCAUUAAGUAAGCUGCUGGAUGAAAGUUUUGGUAUAGAUGGAUCCACUUUCCAGUACAGCAUGCCUGAAGGAGUCAAGUCAGGGGACAGAGAGACCUGGCUUUCAUUCUCUCGAAAUGAGGAAGGCUUUUUUAUCCAUCAUGUGGGCUUUGAAAUACUCAUCAACCACCAAAGCACAAAUUUUUUGUCCUGGCACGUGAUUAAAGUGCUUUAUAAUGGUCAGUACUUUGACAGUAUAAUGGAACUGAAGCAUCAAUACGAGGCAGGAACUGUGAGUAAAGUCAUCUACAAACCUGUGCCGAAUUACGCCUCACUCAAACCCAAAAAGAAACCCACAGGUGUUGGACCCCAGCAGUUUUAUGUCCACGGCAAGAGAUUCAGUGUGAAAAACAAUCACAUCGUAUACCUUGACUGGAGCUUUGUCUUUGGUCUGAACCCACUUACAGGCAUGAGAGUUUUUGAUGUUCGUUUUAGAGGGGGAAGGAUUAUUUAUGAGCUAAGUGUUCAAGAGGCCAUGUCAGUCUAUGGAUCCGUCACCCCAAAUCUCAUGCUCACCAAGUUCCUUGAUGGCAGCAUGGGCAUUGGUCGGUGUGCUUAUGAGUUGGUCAGGGGGGUCGACUGCCCUUAUUCAGCCACCUACAUAGACACUUUCCAUUUCCUGGACACUGGUGUUCCACGCCAACUCAAAAACUCAAUUUGUGUCUUUGAGCAUGACAUGGGUCAACCUCUACGGAGGCACUUCUCAGAGAUUGUCUUCAACAGUUACGGAGGACUAGCAAACAGCGCUUUAGUGUUUAGGACAAUCACGGCAAUAGGAAAUUAUGACUACAUGUGGGAUUUCAUUUUCUACCAGAGUGGGUCAGUGGAGGCCAAAGUGCAUGCCACUGGCUACAUCGCCUCUUCCUUCACAUUGAAUAACAGUUUCCCAUUUGGUCACCAAGUGGCAGAAAAUGUCACUGGAAAUGUCCAUACCCAUUUCAUCAGCUUCAAGGUGGAUGUUGAUGUUUUAGGAGUGAAGAAUGUAUUCCAGACCAAAGACAUGGAGUUUGUGAAUGUUUCGCUGCCCUGGAUGCCUGAACGCCAUGCCAUGAUCCCUAAGGUGGUGGAGAAACAGCUUCAAACAGAGCAGCAAGCAGCUCUGUGUCAUGACACCAAGACACCUCGCUAUCUCCAUAUAGCCAGCAGCAAGACAAACCGCUGGGGUCACCAGCGCUCCUACAGGCUGCAGGUGUUCAGCUUCACUGGGGACCACCUCCCAGAGAGCCAGCCAGAGGAGAGGGCCAUGUCCUGGGCCAGGUAUAAGGUCGCCAUCACUAGGCAAAAGGACUUGGAGCGGUGUGUCGGCAGUCUGUACAAUCAGCAUGACAUGUGGAGUCCAGCUGUUGACUUUAGCAAGUACAUUGAAGACAAUGAAAGCAUUGAAAACCAGGACCUGGUUGCCUGGGUGACCACUGGCUUCCUCCACAUCCCCCACACUGAAGACAUUCCCAACACAGUAACCGUGGGCAAUGGGGGAGGGGUCCUGCUGCGGCCCCACAACUACUUUGAUGAGGACCCAUCCAUCCACUCUGCUGAUGCAGUGUACAUUGACCCAGGCAGUGAGGCCAGCUGUGACAACAAUAGGAUGGCCUGCCUUACUAAAGAGACCUGCAGCCCCGUUCUUGAACCCUUCACAUACAAUGGCUUUGAUAAAGGAUUCAUAACACAAAGCGUCCCAUCCUCCUGUGGUGAGGUUCCCUCUCACUCCUCCUCUGGCUCACAGGCUAACUGCCCUCUCUACCCUGAUGACUACAUCCCUCCCCCUCCCCUACCUGUGAUCUCCACAAUGUGCUUCACAGCUGACCAUGUAAGAAGACAGCUGACCAGACUCCACUCAAGCAAGGCUGCAGACCCUGAUGGUGUCAGCCCCAUGGUGCUCAAAGCCUGUGCCCCCAGCUAUGUGGAGUACUUCACCACAUCUUCAACAUGA